AUGGAAUCCUUAUCCUCAUUAUUAGAUCAGCACUGUGCAAGAACAACAACAAUGUCUUUCAUAAACGGCAAUCAUAUCACAAAGGAUUCAUGGGACUCUCACAACAAGAUGAUGCUGGAGCCACUGGCUAUCAAUGAUGCUGAGGUGUUCUCUAUCAUUAAAAAAGAGAAGCACAGGCAGACAUACGGGCUUGAGCUGAUUGCUUCCGAGAACUUCACCAGCAGAGCUGUUUUAGAGGCACUUGGAUCUUGUAUGAAUAACAAGUACUCCGAAGGGUAUCCUGGUCAGAGGUAUUACGGUGGAACAGAGCAUGUAGACGAGCUGGAGAGACUCUGCCAGAAGAGAGCGCUUGAGGCCUAUGGUCUGGACUCUGACAAAUGGGGCGUGAAUGUGCAGCCUUAUUCCGGUUCCCCUGCCAACUUUGCUGUUUACACCGCCAUCGUGGAACCACAUGGUAGAAUCAUGGGCUUGGACCUUCCGGAUGGCGGUCACCUGACGCACGGCUUCAUGACUGAAAAGAAAAAAAUCUCCGCAACGUCCAUCUUUUUUGAGUCCAUGCCAUACAAGGUAAACCCCGAAACUGGUUAUAUCGACUACGACCGACUGCAAGAAAAUGCACGUCUUUUCCAUCCCAAACUCAUCAUUGCAGGAACAAGCUGCUACUCCCGUAACAUUGAUUACGCCCGCAUGAGGCAAAUUGCUAACGAGAACGGAGCGUAUCUGAUGGGCGACAUGGCGCACAUCAGUGGACUAGUGGCUGCUGGAGUCGUUCCUUCACCCUUUGACUACUGUGACAUUGUUUCCACGACAACCCACAAGACGCUGCGUGGCUGCCGAGCUGGACUGAUAUUCUUCAGGAAAGGUGUCCGCAGUGUUGAUGCCAAGGGGAAGGAGACUCUGUAUAAUCUCGAGUCUUUAAUCAAUCAGGCUGUUUUCCCAGGGCUCCAAGGUGGACCACACAACCACGCCAUUGCAGGUGUUGCUGUGGCUUUGAAACAAGCCAUGACACCAGAGUUCAAAGCUUACCAGAUCCAGGUUCUUGCCAACUGCAAAGCUCUGUCGGCUGCCCUCGUUGAGCACGGCUACACGAUUGUCACUGGUGGUUCUGACAAUCAUCUGAUCCUGUUGGACCUGCGUAGCAAAGGAACAGAUGGAGGACGAGCUGAGAAGGUUCUGGAAGCCUGUGCGAUCGCUUGUAAUAAGAAUACUUGUCCAGGGGACAAAAGCGCUUUGCGCCCCAGUGGACUGAGAUUUGGCUCCCCUGCUCUCACCUCCAGAGGCUUGGUGGAAGACGACUUCAGGAAGGUGGCAGACUUCCUUCACAAAGGAAUUGAACUAACCUUGGAGGUGCAGAGAAGUCUGGAUCCCAAGGCUACUCUGAAGGAGUUCAUCCAGGCGUUGGCCCAGAAAGAGAAUUUCCAGCAGCGUGUGACUGAUAUUAGAGCAGAGGUUGAAACUUUCGCUGGUCGUUUUGCCAUGCCAGGCCUCCCUGAGCUGUAA